GAGCGUGUAUUCGAUCGGCGUCUAGACUUACUGACAAUAUAUUGUACAUGUAUAUAUAUCUCGGGUGAUUUUACCGCAUUCGUGUUGAUCAUGGCUAACAAAUAUGGAUAUUUAAAACGUGUUUUACGAAUAUCAAUGUUAAUGUACACAUCCCAAGAAAUCAAGCUAAUCCCGUUUCCAAGCUGACUUUACCUCCAAUAGACUAUGCAAAUUGUGCCCAAAGCUAUCGAAAAUGGAGGAAGCAUGUCGACUAGUUUCAGAUGAUCAAGUACCCGGUAGGUGCAAAGACUAUGAUAAAGUUUUGAAAUUAUUUUGCCAGCCGUGUAACGAUGAAGGGGAUGAGCACAAAGCAAACGGUUUCUGUCGCCAGUGUCACCAAUUCUUAUGCAAAACAUGCGUAAGGUGUCACAGACGAAACAAAAUGACCAAAGCACAUGAAAUUCUUGACGAGCACAACAUGGCUCCAUCAAUGACACUGGUCGUUAAGCCUGACACUGAUUGUAAUGAAUUGUGCAAGGACCAUCCAACAGAACUUAUAAAGUAUUACUGUGCAGUGCACAAUGAAUUCGGAUGCGGCGAUUGCAUGAUACCAUACCAUAGUAAUUGCAAACCGAGGCAUAUUGCGGAAGUUUCAAAUGACUUUCUCAAUGGAAAAGAAUAUAAAGAUUUAAAACAAGAAAUAAAAAAUAUAGACCAUCCCUGUUCGGACAUGGUUGAGCGCAUGACAAAAAGCGUUCAUACUACUAAAGCCGACAUUAUGAAGGCCAUGAAAAGAUUGCAAAGGCUUAAAGCUGAAAUCAUUUCACACUUUGAGGCAGAAGAACUUAGGUUGACAUCUGAACUUGAUUCGGUAGAAUCAGAGUCUAAAUCAGCAAUACAAGAAACAUCAGAACGUAUGCAUGACGUACAGAGGCUUUCAUUAGAUAUGUUGUCUAAAUUAGACUCCGAAAAACAUAGCCCAUAUCAGAUUUUCAAAGCUUCUAAGCAAAUGAAAGAAGGAAUUUCAAAUGCAAAAUCGAUUAAAGACAACAUUGCCAAAGUGGUUAAACAAUGCCAAGAGAGAAUUGUAUUUCAUCCGAAUUCCAUUUUUGAUGAUUUUACAUUGUGCAAGCAGCCCCUUUGGGAAGUGGUACAAACCAAAACAGUCACAUCAUUGGGAGAUUGCAACUUAGAACGAUCUUAUUCCAUUAACAUUUGUACUCCCAAAGACUCAAAAUCAUGCCGAGUCACAGGAUGCGUAAUGAUCUCGGAUGACAAAGUGUUGAUAGUCGACGUCAAUAACAAUGUUUUGAAGCUCGUUGAUACUUUGCAACAAAUAAUUAUUUCCGAUUUAUAUAUGAGUAAAACCGACUACCUAUGGGACAUUGCUGCAUUGCCAGACAAAAAGGCCGCUGUUACAUCACAGACUAAUAAAACGAUAUACAUUGUGUCUUAUAGGCAGGACACCCUUGUGAUCGUCCGUCGCUUUAAAGUUAUAAGAAUUACUAGCAAUUGGUCUAAAAAACUUGUCCAGUAAAAGUAAGUAAAUCCUUCUCUCAAAAUCAUCAUAACAUUGUAUCCUAUAAAGUCAUAUACCCUGCAUGGCUUGUUAAUUUACAAUUUAAACAUGUAUGUACUAUGUUUUAUCUCUGAUCUGAUAUUCGCACAAAUGAUUUUAUGCUAUGCUUUUAUGACAAACAAACGUGUAUAUAUUAAUCUCCCAAAUGCAUGUAUCAAAUUAUUAUCUUUCAUAUGUAAUGUGUAUACGUUCAGUCGAGUUCUGAUAAAAGGUAAUUAAAACAGUAGAACAUUUUUAUGUCGACAGAUGGAGGUUAUUGCAUGUAUUCCAUCGUUUACAGUAUAAAUACAUAUACAAUAUGUAUAUUGAUAACACAAAUCAAUGCAUAUGUAGCCAAACUUUAUUUUUCCUUUUUGAUAUAUCAUAUAAUAUUUGUGUUGCAUUUCAACGACAUUUGAAUCAAGAAAUUUCACUAGUUUUUGUAAAUCUUGGCCGGUCUACCAUCGAAUUUUGUCAUCGUUGAACGUUGAAAAUUAACGCUGAUGACAUUUCAACAACAAAAUGUUCAUCCAAACUGAUCAGUGUUAAAUUUAGAUCAAUAACGGGGUCAUGUUUUAAUGGUUAAUAAUUUCUGAUAUAAAUAUGAAUAAUUUUCUUGCGACUUUAUGGUUCAGUUUUCAACGUUGAAAAAUGACCCGACAACACUUGAGUUUGUAAACAUAAUUGGUCUUAUUUGGAUGUAAGUUUGAUUUCGCUAAUCGGAUUUCGUCAAAUAUACAAUGCAUGUGCGUAUACAUGAAGUAUGGCAAAUAGGAUUGACUAAGUUUGAUAUUGAAUACCAUCCAUCAACUUUCAACGAGGGUCAUUUUUGCUGUCGAGUUUUCAACCUUUUUAUUGCCGAUUAAUUAAAACAAAAUAUACUUCACGCUUACAGUCCAUUGGAAAAGCAUUAUCAACAGAAACACAUUUGAAAACGAAAUGAGCACAAACGAAUGCCCUUCCUAGUAUGGAUACACGUAUAAAGCAAAACG